ACGGCCUCCCUGAAGGAAGAGAAGCAGAAAGGACGAGUGCUGCUCAAACAGCAGAAGGCCUCCUCCAAAGGCCGCAUCGGGUCUCGACUCUGCAGUUGCCUUGAUCCAACUGACCACAACACUUUUGUCAUAAUUGCCCCUUUCGAACAGAAUACUUUGGCUGGUGCCACAUUCCCGCCCACGGCGGAAGCUGGCCGGCCCGACCCGACUCGGCCAGAGAAGACAAAAGGAGGUCUGCGCCGCCGCCAUUUCCUCGGAUCCUGGAGAGGACAAUGCACCGACGGCUUGAUUGUCGUCCCGAAAGCCUCUCGUUACUGUUGCCUCACACUUGACAGGCCACAGUUGCAGUCAAGUGCCAGGCAAUCUGCUCUCACGUCGAUUACAGACCACCUCUCCACUGAACCGCGUGCAACAUCAGAGCCAGUAAAUCUCCCGCUCUACGUAGAUCUGGUGUAG